AAACAUGGCGGACGAAGAGAAGAUCGCGAAAGAUUUACCAGAAUAUGUUGCUGCUGUACAAGAGUUAAACAACCAGGUCGAAGAAAUAUCUAAGCACGUCGGUGGAUUGAUGAAGAAAAUCGAUGACGAGGAAAUAGCCACUGCAAAGGGAAUUAGCUUUCUGGAAGUCAAAUCACAGUUACUCUUGAGCUAUUUAAUCAAUAUUGUGUACUAUAUGUUACUGAAGACYGAAGGCAAAAAAAUAGAAGAUGAGCCUGUGAUUGACAGGCUAGUUGAARUUAGAACGGUUCUAGAAAAAUUAAGACCAAUCGACCAGAAAAUAAAAUAUCAGGUAGACAAGCUGGUGCGAAUAGCAACAACUGGAUUAACAGUGGGAAGCAAUGAUCCUUUGCAGUAUAAGCCAAACCCAGACAACUUGGCUAGCAGGUUUGAAGAUGAUGAUGAUGAUGAUGAAGACACAGAUGAGGAUGAGUCUGGUUCUCCUGGUCCAUCUAAAGUGGGAGUUUAUGUGCCACCRAAAGUCAAAGCUGUUCCAUAUGAUGAAGGUUCAAAGUCUAGAAAGGAGAAGCAAACAGAAAAUGCAAAGAAGAGAGCACUCAGCAGUUCACUUAUUCAUGACCUUCGAGAUGAAUACAGCGAUGCUCCACUUGAAAUAAGAGAGGAUUCRGUACGAGAUUGGAGAAGUGCAAAACAGCAAGAAGAUGAAAGUCACAGACAAAAAUAUGAAGAAGAUAACUUCAUUAGAUUACAGACCAAAAAGCAAAAGAAGAGUAAUGCAAGAAAUUCUGGACCUUUUGAUGAACUGACAUCUUUCACCAACCUCUCUGUUUUGAGUGACAAUUAUGAUCAGGUGGAGGAGUCAUCACACAGGAGGAAAUCUUUUGGAAAAGGAAAGAAACCAAAGUGGAAGAGAAAGUCMAAUGCUAAAAGAAAAAAGAAAUUUGGAAGACGAUGAAUUUGAAGUUUGUACUAUGGCUUUGGCUAAAAUUUUGAUUAAAAUUAUUAUAAUAUGGUGUCAAAAUAUAAAUACACUCAAAGAAAAAUGCCUGCACUACUUUUAGGCUACAUUCGUCAAUAAAUACCAUUUUAAGAAAUCUA